AUGUUGGAUAAUUGCCGGAUUGUGGUGAUGGAUGUGAUAAAUAAGAACUUUGUUAAUGACUCUGAUGAUGAUGAGGAAGAAGAGUUUCUAACUAGUGCUGGUUUUUAUAUCAGCAUGGAAGAUAAUAGUUUGUUUAAAUCAACACCCAAACCUCAAAGGCUUUCAAAAUUGAAAGGACAUGAAUGGGUAGUUGAAAUAUUAACUGGCCAUCCAAGGAACUGUUAUGAUACAUUUCGAAUGACACCACCUCAAUUCAUUAAACUGUGUGAUUUGUUGAAAGAAAGAAAUAAAUUGAAGGAUACUAGGUUCUUAACUGUUCAAGAGCAAGUUGCAAUAUUUCUACUCAUUAUCUGCCAAACAGUGCGAACUAGAUUUGCAGCUGAUCGAUUUCAACACUCAGGGGACACUAUUCAUAGGCAUUUCAAAAGAGUUCUAAAAGCCAUUUGCUCUCUUUCCAAAUACUUCAUUGUUCCUCCUUCCUUUGAUGAAGUUGCUCAAGAGAUACGGUUCAAUCCAAGAUAUUAUCCUUUUUUCAAGCAUUGUGUAGGAGCAAUUGAUGGUACCCAUAUUUCAGCGUGCAUUCCAAAAGAUGAGCAGAUUCCAUAUCGUGGGAGAAAAAUUGAUCCCACUAUCAAUAUGAUGUGUUGUUGCCCUUUUCCCCCAACAGGUAAAUAUUGCAUUGUAGACUCUGGAUACGCCAAUAUGCCUGGGUUUCUCUCACCAUAUCGUGGAGAACGAUAUCACUUACGUGAUUAUAGAGGUCAACGAGCACCGCAAGGACCAAAGGAGUUGUUCAACUACAUUCAUUCUUCAUUACGUAAUGUGAUUGAAAGGUGUUUUGGGGUCUUAAAAGCACGUUUUCCUAUCCUGAAGUCCAUGAUGCCAUACGCAUUGAAAAGACAAAAGUAUAUACCACUUGCAUGUUGUGUUCUUCAUAAUUUUAUUAAAAUGAAGAUGCAGGACGAUCCUUUAUUUACACAAUAUGCAGAUGAAAAUGUUCAAUUAGAAGAUGAAGCGGCAAAUGGAAACACAGAGGAACAUGUGCCACCACAGGUGACUACAACAUCUUUUCGUCAAAUGGCUGCAUUUCGAGAUCGUUUGGCUCAACGAUUAUGGGAUGCAACUAAUGCAACAUCGUAG